AUCUGCAUCACAUGUGGUAAAGCAUGCCAUGUUAAAGCUAUGUCUCUGAAAUGUUCCGCCUUACAUGUUUCCGGCGGACCCGUGUUGAAACGGACCCGUUCAAGAUGUCAGUUGAGAAAGAGAGUACGAGUGUGAAUGAAGACAGCGAGGAUAACGACAAACUACGCGUGAUAAAAGGUGGUGCUUUUCUCACUAUGGUGGCGACUGCUGGCAUGAUUGCAGGGUUUGGUUCCACCCUUGCCAUAGCUAAGAAGAAGAGUCCUGAAUGGUUCAACAAGGGUAUAGUAGGCACGGCUGCAGUGCCAGAAAGCGGUGCAUCAUUAGCGUUGCGGGCGCUGGGCUGGGGUUCACUCUACGCCUGGUGUGGAGUUGGCCUUCUCAACCUCAUCAUUUGGAAGGCCCUGGGUGUCCAUAGUCUGAAGGAAUUUCAUCAGAAAAUGCAGUCCAUUUUCCCAGCAAUCCCCACAAAUGAAAAGGCUCAAGAGAACUCUCCUCCAUUCAAGUGGGAUUCCAUCUUCAAGUCAAACUGAGCUGAAACAAAAGAUUAUUAUUGAGAAUGCAAAGCCUUAGCUGACUAUUUGGCAAUAAUUGAUAUCAGAUGGUCAGUCCAUGUUAAGUGUGAGGCAACAGGACAGUUAAAUCAGCUAUUUUUGACCCAGCAAAUUGGAUUGAAUAUCCAGUGUGAUGUCAUGAUGCUGGAGAAUGCCUCAUGGAAGGCCUGGGGAUUUUAAAGUGAUUGUGUUUGCUUUCAUUUGUAAGGUGUGACACACUAGACCUGAACCAAGAGACUUUUUCACCUGAAGCCUAUUUCAGUCACAAGUGUAGCAGUGCAUGUAUGUCUACUGUUAUAUACUUUGAUCAAAAGAAUGCGGGCACCUUCUAUUUAACGGGUUGGGCUAAUCCAGCAAUUCCAGUGAAUACAAAUCCUAAAACUACAGCAUACAGUGACAGUCUAGAGAAUUGUUUGCUUCCAACUUUGUUGCAGCAGUUUGUGGAGGCCCCUAUUCUGCUUCAGCAUGACAAUGCCCCUGUCAUCAAAGUGAGAAAUGGUUUACUGAGUGUGAUGUGGAAGAACAUGACUGACCUGCACAGAGCCCAGACCUGAACCCCAAUGAACAUUUUUGGGAUGAAUUUGAAUGGCAACAGCGAGCCAGACCCCAGCGUCAACUUAAUCAUUUCUUUAUGGCCCAUCCCAAACUUUAAAGCACACAAUUCUCUUGAAUGUCAUUGUAUGGUGUAGCAUUAAGAUUGGCCUUCACAAAAUUACUGGAAUCGCCAAACCCGGUAAUUAGUAGGGAGUGUAUGCAUACUUUUGGCCAUACAGUGUAUCUCAAUUGUAAGUUUUGUUUCAUUCACACUAGCUAUUUCAAACUGCAUUUAGACAGGACUAUCUAGUGCAGCCCAGAAGACAUUGGCUUUGUACAUUUUGGUGACCUUAUCAGGGUUCGUACAGAUGCUUCAAAGUUAAAUUCAAGGACUUUUCAAUCACAUUUUUAUUUGUUUUUAAGCACAAUGCUUGAGAUGUCAUUAAAACAAAUUAUUUUUGUUAAUUUUAAAUAAAAGUAUUUUAACCAUUCAGUUCAUUUGUUUUUAUAAAAUACCACUUAUUACAAGUACAACAAUGAGCAUCUUUAACUACAUAUUCUCACAGUAACAAUUCUUGGUUCAUUCAUGAUGAAAUUGAUGUGCAGUUUUAGUGUGCUCCCUUAAAACACACUUCGCGUUCCAACAAAAGUGAAUAACUGUGUCCAUAAACGGUAGUCCAUAUGACUCAUGCUGUGUUCCAUGUUUUCUAAAGUCACAACAGAUUUAUGUGAGGAACUGACCAAAAUUGCAAAUGGGUCAUUCUCAAAAAAAUGUUGGCUUUCCAACUUACAAAAUAUUGAAAUUUUCCAUUUAGUUCAAUUUUUGCCUAUAAACGCUGAGAGUAAACAUUUUGUAACAUGUUGACAUACAUUUUUAUUCAUAAAGGACAACUUAGAUGUUGUUCUUUUAUUAUUUAAUUUUGUUUCACGAACGAAGCAAGUUAACACUAAGUUAACAAUGGGGUACAGCACCAAAUAUUUUUGUGUGAAAAUAGUUAAAAUGUGAAUUAAUAACUUUUUAGCAUGCUGGGAAAAAUCACUAUAUGCAUAUUUAAGCAGCCUCUGAACUUAUUUUCUACAACUUUUUGUAUUAAAAAAAAAUUUAAAAAACGUUUUUAACAUUGAUAAAACCAAUAACAUGAAAUCAAAGGAGAAACAUUCUUUUUUAAAUUAUUAAAAUUAUUAAUAAUUUUGUUUUGCUUUUUUGCACACUUGUUCGGCCUUGCACUAAUGCAUUUAUUAAAAAUAAGUACAAAAUAAAUACACAAAUAACUUUACAUGUCGUAGAAAUGGUGUACCAGAUGAAGGGAACAAGGAUUUUUUUUUUUUUCAGGCAAUUAACAAUUUCAAAUAUAUUUUCUAAACAAUUUGCAAAACAGAGUCAAGCCAUUUCAUAUCAUUAAAGGUUAGGUUAUAAAAUUAUAUAUAUAAAUUGUUUUGUUUUUUCGCUAUUUGAAAGCUUUUUCAUGACUAAAAAAAUCAAGGGACAUGUUUGUCAACAUAUUCAGAUAUUGACCCAAAUGUUGUCAGAAAUAACAUUUUGUGAGACACAAAGCUUUCUUUACAGAAGGGUCACUAGACAGCUCACAAAACUGAAUCCUCCAUUGAUCUGCAUUGAAAUCAUUCGAAAGGCUUUACAUCUCAUAUCAUUUUUUUCACUCUGGAGAGUAAAUUGUAAUUAAAACUGAUAGUUGCAAGGAUUCAUACUUGUUAAAUCCGCAACAGCAGCAUCUAUAAAAUAUGUAUAUUUUUAAAUCAUCCAGUAAUAAUUGAUUGUGAUUGGCCCAUUCGAACAGCGCUGCCAUAGUAACAGGUGCCACGUGACAGCGCCGACUAUGCGCUGCCUGCUUCAGCAGUGGUCUGUCGUGUUUUCCCGUAAAUAAAUACAUACAUUUCAUUUAUUAAAAGAUUUAAGCAACGUAUUUUAAGAUUUUCUAUAAUUCAAGAACUUUUUAAGCACCUCUUGGUAAAAAUUGCUAUUUUCAAGGGUUUUCCAGGACUUCAAUUUGAAAAAGCCAAAUUCAAGUACUUCAAGCACCUUGUACGAACCCUGCCUUAUUUUCGGAACAUUUGUGUGGGCCUGACAAAUAGUACUGCACUUUGACUGGUGAUGCUCAUACUUCAUGUAUCAAACUAAAGUGGUACUAUUGUGCUAAACUGGCAUCAUGUGGCUUGGAAGUAACAAUAAAAGCAUUUUGUGAUUUAAAAAAAGAAAUUCUGGAAAGUUGUUUUCAAUUUGUCCUUAAAAAGCACAAUUUCCUAGAAAAGAGGGAUAAACGGCAAAAAAAAAAAAAAAACAAAAAAAAAAAAAAAAACAUCUGUGCCCUGCAGCAACUAAUGAAAAGCCAUACAAACUGCAGUCAUCUCCACAGUUCACCAACGUGAGUGUGCUUGUGAUGUUUUCUGCACAUUUAAAACAUGGUUAAACUGAUGUGCGCACAUUAAUAUUUAUAAAUAUUUACGAUUUUAUAAAAAUGAUAAAUAAAAGCUUUUUCACAAGUGGUCUCAGAAUUUUGGACCCCUAAAAAUAUGAGCUUAAAGGGUUUAUUAGCCACUGAAAUUAGAAUUCCGUCGCUCUUUACCCCUUUUGAGUAUGUCAGUCGUGAACAUUCUGCCUAACAUAUCUUGUCCACUAAAGAAGGAACACUACACCGCUAUGGGAGAAAGGUGCCUCAUGUUGUUCCUGGCAGGAUACUCAGCCUUACAGGCUCCAUAUGGUUAGGAUUAGGGUGGGGUUGGGGCACCUGCUGCCUGCCAGGAACAAACAGAGGCACCUUUGUACAAUAGACAACACGAAGGUGAGUAAAUUAUAACAGAAUUUUCCUUUUUCGGUCAACUAUCUGUUUUAAAGUAUGUAGUAGUGCAGAACUUUUUUGGGCAAGUCUGAAUGUUCUGAUGCUCAAAAAUAAAGACAACACUCAAGAACAACCUUCACAGUGCUCGACCAAAUUUCAUGUACAUUUACUUUUAACAUGUGGAACAUGUAUAAAGACUUUAUACUGAAUAAACAAUGGUCAUCAAAUCAUAUGGAGCAAAAAGAGCUUACAUAAUGAGUUGUACAUAUUUUCUUUAAAAUCAAGUCAUUUUAGGGUAACUUUUCAAUUUCAUUUACGCCAUCAGACUGUUUUUUCAGUUAGCCUGCAAUUUGCGAAAUCUAAGGCCACUAGAGGGAGCCAUUGCUAUCUCUGUCACACAGAACUCCAUUAUAUGACACAGGAAAGUCUUGAUACCAUUCACAAAGGACACUUUCUUGCAUUAAAAACAGAUAAGACAGACAACUGAACUGAACAGAUGCGUUUAUAGGAGCAUUUACUUCCAUACACCACUGCUAAUGUACACAAUACACUUGAAAUUAUUAUCCCCCCCCCCCAUAUUCAACUGAUUGGUCCUUUUGUUUUCAAACUGACACUGAUUUGCUGCACUUUUUUUAAACAUGGCUCUCAUGGCGUUAGAAGCAGCAAACCAAAGAUGUCAGUCAGACAUAUAAUGCAAUAUAAUAAAAAAAUAUCACAGACUUAAUGCAAGAACGCGCCCUAUGUGAACUGCCCCGUACACUGAAGACUACCCUCACCUGAACAUAAUGAUGUAAUAUUAAUUUGCAAAAUGUCAAUAGCAUGUAGCAUUAACUACUCACUUUGUAUAAUACCACAUCUCUUGGAGGAAAAAGAAAACUUGAAAAGGGGCCCAUAUAAUGUACAGUUCCUAUAUACAAAUUGACCCAUGGGUACAGAAUAGAGAGGAAGGGUAACUGAAGCACUUAAGUUUACCGGCUUAGAGACAACCCUCGGCGGCUGCUCUAAUUGGGAAGCAACACUCGCUUGACCCUCAGAUACUGGUGUGGUUAAACAGUGCAAGUGCAACACUGGUGGUCAGAUCUGAACAUCGCUUGUGGUCAUUCACAUUUCAUCAUCUCCCCUCUGACUCAGCUAAAACUAUUGCACAAUGCUUUUUUUUUUUUCAGAGCUGUAUACAUGUAUGUCUUAAAAUCAGUGGGGUUUUUUUUUUUCAUAGUUUUUUUUUCUUUUAUCGCAACACAUUGCAAGAGAAGUUCUAUCUACAACAUGUCUCACAAUUUAAAUAAAUCUGCAUUCCCCAAAUAAAGUCCCAAAAAAAAAAAAAAAAAAAAAAAA